CGGUGCUGGAGAGCAUCACCAUCAUCCACUGAAUACCAACCAGAGCAUCAGGCGGACGUGUCCUACUGACAACAAACACAAAUACAAGGACGUGAGAGCUGGCAUAAAGAACAAAACACUGACAACCCCGCUGCUAAAAUUACUGCGUGUGUCGUCGGACGAACUGCACAAAUAGGCUGUAAGCAGACCGCGAGUGUGCCACCCAAGUUCGGACCGAUGUGGGGACCGCUGGGCGUUAUUGUCAUGGUUACGCCGUGAGAGGUAAAAAGGUCGUAUUUAGAGUAACACUAAUUUUGAACGUGACUGAAAUCAUGGGCUCUAGGCUCAGCCGACAAAACAGUCUCGACAACGAUAAUUUUUCAAGGAAGCGACGGAAGCAUCUAGACAGCACGGGAGAGAGCGACCGGAGCGGAGACUUCUUGUUUACAUCCCUGAUGCUCAGGUCGGAUAAGCUGCCGGGGGUUCUGAGGAGAGCCAACCACAGCCCGUAUGUCAGACGAGUCGCAUGGGUCCGAGAGAUUCAGAAGCUCCUCCAGGAGAGGAAGAUAGAAGAUGCGACGGACGUGCUCAAACUGUUGAGGAAGGACUUGGGAUUAGAGGGUACAUCACUCAAUGAUAUCCUCUAUAAGAAUGCAUCAUUCCUUAACCUGGUGGACCCCAUAUCUCACGAGCUCCUGCUUUGUCUGGCUAGAGACAUGCAGUGCCCAAAGAAGGACUCAGAGACACUGAAGUCGACAGAUAAAAUCUGCAGACAGCUCAUCUACCACCUGACCCCUCACUCCAAGUGGCUUAGAAAAAGUAUGACCCGGCGAAAGGCCCAGGCCUGUCUUAAAACAACUCUUCAGAAGAAGCUCUGCAGCGACUCGGUGGACCUCUCUGGCAUCCCUUUAUCAACUCGAGACAUACGGCACGUGGCAUAUUACCUCCAGACCAGUGGGGGCGCUGUGAUAUCCGUGGAUCUUAGUUUCACUGAGCUCCGGGACGAGGGCCUACGUCUACUUCUGCCCUUCCUGGGUGCAUUGCCCAAACUCACAACACUGGCUCUCAAUGGGAACCGUCUGACUCUUGGCAUCCUUAAAGAUCUGUCUGAAGCCCUCAAAGAAUCCAAGAUGUUCACUUGUCUUGCCUGGAUUGACCUAGGCAACAACGUGGACAUAUUUACCAUGCCACAGUCUCUAUUGGUGUCCCUGCGGCGUCGCUGUAGCCUAAAGAGCAGUCUGCCCACCAUCUAUGAGUACACAGAGGGUCAGCCCUAUUGCUACCGCAUGGAGAGUUCCAUUGAAGAACCCAGCCACUACGAAGAAGAGGAGGAUGAUGAGGAAGAGGAGGACCUGGAGCCAUGGAGCAUUGGGGAGCAGAAAAGUUCAGGUAGCUUUAACCUGCGCCAUUGCGAGAGGUGAACCAAUUACGCUCACCUGACGGGGAUAAAGAAAGAACGGGAGAGCGCAAGCAAGAGAUUCCUCUUCUCUCUGUACCAUUUCUCCCAAAUCAAUCAACACCUUUUUACCAUCUUUCUCCUCCACCGCAGCUCCAUGACCUUCCCAUUGUGGUUAUGUGUGAACCAACAGCAUCACAUAGAAAGAGCCACACAACCACCUGAACGCAGCAAACGGUGAAACACGGCUUCACCAUUGACUUACUGUGUCGGCAGAUGACGCUCCUUGACUCGAGGUGGGGGUUCAUUGGAGGCGACCACAGAGAGAUGCUUUCUUACGCCCCUCUCCGGUCCCAAAGAACCAGUGACGGACUGGACAAAAUGAGAAUUAGAAAUCCCCGAGUCAAUCGACUGGCUGAUGCAUACCAACGGUGGAUGUGAAGCGCUAUGGAUCCCGCUUUUAACUAAGGUACGGUUAGGAAUUUUGUGGGGUCGGGUCAGGUUCAGAGUUGCAUUGCUGAGGCCGUCUCUGCCGCAGCAGGACCUAUCACCACUCUGUGUGUGCUCUACUAAUCUCCCAACAAAAGCCAUGAAACCAGCUCAACAGACUAUACAGAUGACCCACGUCACGUGACCGCAAGCAAAACUGCUAUGUCAAGACUUUUGCAUUUUCCCCCCCUUUCCAAAACGUUCACAUGUGAAUACCCACACACCACUUGUCGUGUAGUUGUCAAUGAUGUUGAAUUGCCAGCGGCUUGUUUUUGUUGUCUGCUAAUGAUGAACAAAGCUAUCUUAGAAGACAACGGGUACAUUUCAACACAGAUGCGUUUUUGUGUGAGCUUAUUCAUAGUCUAAAUCCUACAUAUACCUCCUAAAACAUGUCUCGCUGUUCCCUUUGGAAUGGUCCGAUGAAAUAUGGCUUUUUUUCUUCCGUAUGGUGUAUUUUAAAAUCUAUUCUACAUUCUAGUCUUGAUUAGUCACGUCUGGUACACUUUACUGCAAGUGAUUAUUCACGUCUGGUACAAAAUAACCUUGGCUGUGACAGAGUUUUUAAAUCAAAUUUUGGCGGACAAGUAAUUCAUGUCAAAAUAAAUGGACCUUGAGCUAAAGAGCUAAUGAUUGGUCCAUGGCCUUUGAUUGCCUGAGCACAUUAGUCUGUUUUCAUCGGGUUUGUGGCUGAAACGCUUGUUGUAGCAUUGUCGUCUUCUUGUGACAUAACAUUUUUACGUAAUUCUGAAACAAAAAUGAGCCAAACAAAUAGUUACUGUACUAACCAGCACUUGUUUAGGGGUGAAUCACAGAUGAUCAAAUAGUUAAAUGUCAGUGUUAUGUAUGAUAUAUGUAUUCUUUUGUGUGUGUGUAUAUGUUUUUAAUGUUAUCUUAAUGUUUUCUCGGAGUCUCGUUAACUUCAGACUAUAUUGUAUGUAAUAUUACACAACAACCAUCGUCACAGGGCCUCAAGAAAUUCAAAUUAUACACAAAAUAACUUCUUUUUAACUUUCCAAGGCUGAAUAUUAAAAAGAAAUCUGGACUAUUCAGAAUGGUCUUUGCAUUUGUUGUUUGGCCUUUUAAGAUUACACUUACACUUACCAGGCUUGGUAAUUGGUUUGGUUUGAUGUGCUUAUCUGAGAUGUUUAACCUGCGUAAUGUAUGUGUUUCUCAUAAACGGCAUGACGGUGUCAAUACCCACAAUGCUAAGCAAACUAAUCCACUCAGUCAGUGGCAGGUUAUUGAUAGAGGGCAGUUUAUUGGUCAUGUUGUUUAUGUGUGAGUCUGUGUCAUGCGGUGUCCUCUUAAUCUGUGCUUCAAACAUCCUGUAUUAAACAGUUUAUAAGACUGACUGUUAAACGCUUCUGUAAUAAUAAACUUUUAUUGAUAAUA